AUGGAGAUUCAAUCUCCAAACAGCAUUCUCCAUCAUCUUCCUCACCUUUCUUCCUCUAAAUCUCAAAACUCAAGUUUAUUUCCUGAAGAAACUGCAGAAGUCUUUGAUCCUUCUAAAGAUCACUUGCUGAUUCAAUCCGAUGCUACUUGGAACCGUCGCAGCUUGGCAGAGAGACCACCUCUUCCGGGGAAAGGUUCUGCUGCGGGUGCCUCCCCUCCAUCUCCUCCUCAAGCAUUUGCGGACUCCACAAAAUCACCUCCGCCACCAGAAACUCAAACACUAGCAGGAGAAGAUGGAACACCGAGCCCUCCUCCUAGUAGUGUUAGGACAGCACAAACUCCAAACCCACCUUCUGUUCCUCCCCCUCCACCUCCACUUCCAAGAACUAAAAAGACUCUUAAUCUUUCUAUGAUCGUGGGCAUAGUCGUUGGCGUGUUCACAGUCUCAGUGGCAUUAAUCAUCUUCUUUCUUAUACACACCCGGAAAAUUCCAAUCAAACCUUGGACCAGCAAUGUUCCAAGGCUGCAGCUAUCAGAGCUACAAGCAGCAUGUGAAGAUUUCAGUAACAUCAUUGGCUCUUUCUCAGACGGUCCCAUCUAUAAAGGGACUUUGUCCACUGGUGCUGAAAUUGCUGUUGUCUCCAUCGCGUCUGGUUCUCGUGCAAACUGGUCUACCUCUAUGGAAACACAGUUGCUACAUAAGAUUCGUGAGUUAUCAAAAGUGGACCACAAGAAUUUUCUGAAUGUGAUUGGGUAUUGCCAUGAGAACGAGCCCUUCCACAGAAUGCUUGUUUUCGAAUACGCUCCUAAUGGAUCACUCUCCGAGCAUCUGCACUCUCAACAUGCGGAGCACUUGGACUGGCCUACCAGACUCAGAAUCUUCAUGGGAAUAGCUUACUGUCUAGAGCACAUGCACAAUCUCAACCCACCCAUCUUGCACACCAAUUUGGACUCCUCUUGUAUCUACCUAACCGAAGAUAACGCCGCCAAAGUCUCAGAUUUUUCUGUCCUGGACUUCAUCUCUCCCUCCAAGGAAUCCUCCUCGAGCAAGAACCUUUUAGAACACUCAAUGCUUGAUCCACAAACCAACGUCUUAAACUUUGGCGCCCUUGUGUUUGAAAUCAUUACCGGGAGGCUCCCAGACCCUGACUCUUUGUUUUUUGAACGCAAGCCGGCGAGAGAUCUUGUAGACCCGACACUGGAAACGUUUCAGGAGGAUGUUGCUGAGAGAUUGUUGGAAGUGGUUAGGCAGUGUAUGAAUCCCUACUCAGUUCAACGGCCAAAAAUGAGAAAGGUUGUGGUGAAGUUGAGAGAGAUCACAGGAAUAGAAGCCGAUGCAGCACUGCCUAGGCUAUCUCCACGAUGGUGGACAGAGAUGGAGAUCAUAGCCACAUAUGGAGACUAA